UCCACAACACAUUACAAAGAGACUCCUACCUCAACAAUAGAGACUGAGACAACCACAACAAUGUUUAAAGAGACAUCCACAACACCUCAUUUAGUAAUUGUAACCCACCGACCUGAAAAACCAAGUACAGCACAUUUAAUUACAGGAAGAGUCUCCACAACAACAAUUCAUACAGGAAAAACUACCCCAACAAUAGAGACUGAAAAAUCCACACCAAUAAUUACAUCAAAACCUACAACACCUCAUACAGAAACUACAACUACUGGCACUCAAACAUCUGAAACUACAAACAUAAUUACAGGAACAGUCUCCACAACAACAAUUCCUGCAGAAACAACUACCCCAACAAUAGAGACUGAAAAAUCCACACCAAUAAUUACAUCAAAACCUACAACACCUCAUACAGAAACUACAACUACUGGCACUCAAACAUCUGAAACUACAAACAUAAUUACAGGAACAGUCUCCACAACAACAAUUAAUGUAGAAACAACUACCCCAACAAUAGAGACUGAAAAAUCCACACCAAUAAUUACAUCAAAACCUACAACUCCUCAUACAGAAACUACAACUACUGGCACUCAAACAUCUGAAACUACAAACAUAAUUACAGAAACAGUCUCCACAACACAUUACAAAGAGACUCCUACCUCAACAAUAGAGACUGAGACAACCACAACAAUGUUUAAAGAGACAUCCACAACACCUCAUUUAGUAAUUGUAACCCACCGACCUGAAAAACCAAGUACAGCACAUUUAAUUACAGGAAGAGUCUCCACAACAACAAUUCAUACAGGAAAAACUACCCCAACAAUAGAGACUGAAAAAUCCACACCAAUAAUUACAUCAAAACCUACAACACCUCAUAUAGAAACUACAACUACUGGCACUCAAACAUCUGAAACUACAAACAUAAUUACAGGAACAGUCUCCACAACAACAAUUCAUGUAGAAACAACUACCCCAACAAUAGAGACUGAAAAAUCCACACCAAUAAUUACAUCAAAACCUACAACACCUCAUACAGAAACUACAACUACUGGCACUCAAACAUCUGAAACUACAAACAUAAUUACAGGAACAGUCUCCACAACAACAAUUCCUGCAGAAACAACUACCCCAACAAUAGAGACUGAAAAAUCCACACCAAUAAUUACAUCAAAACCUACAACACCUCAUACAGAAACUACAACUACUGGCACUCAAACAUCUGAAACUACAAACAUAAUUACAGGAACAUUCUCCACAACAACAAUUCCUGCAGAAACAACUACCUCAACAAUAGAGACUGAAAAAUCCACACCAAUAAUUACAUCAAAACCUACAACACCUCAUACAGAAACUACAACUACUGGCACUCAAACAUCUGAAACUACAAACAUAAUUACAGGAACAGUCUCCACAACAACAAUUCAUGUAGAAACAACUACCCCAACAAUAGAGACUGAAAAAUCCACACCAAUAAUUACAUCAAAACCUACAACACCUCAUACAGAAACUACAACUACUGGCACUCAAACAUCUGAAACUACAAACAUAAUUACAGGAACAUUCUCCACAACAACAAUUCCUGCAGAAACAACUACCUCAACAAUAGAGACUGAAAAAUCCACACCAAUAAUUACAUCAAAACCUACAACACCUCAUACAGAAACUACAACUACUGGCACUCAAACAUCUGAAACUACAAACAUAAUUACAGGAACAGUCUCCACAACAACAAUUCAUGUAGAAACAACUACCCCAACAAUAGAGACUGAAAAAUCCACACCAAUAAUUACAUCAAAACCUACAACACCUCAUACAGAAACUACAACUACUGGCACUCAAACAUCUGAAACUACAAACAUUAUUACAGGAACAGUCUCCACAACAACAAUUCAUGUAGAAACAACUACCCCAACAAUAGAGACUGAAAAAUCCACACCAAUAAUUACAUCAAAACCUACAACACCUCAUACAGAAACUACAACUACUGGCACUCAAACAUCUGAAACUACAAACAUAAUUACAGGAACAGUCUCCACAACAACAAUUCAUGUAGAAACAACUACCCCAACAAUAGAGACUGAAAAAUCCACACCAAUAAUUACAUCAAAACCUACAACACCUCAUACAGAAACUACAACUACUGGCACUCAAACAUCUGAAACUACAAACAUAAUUACAGGAACAGUCUCCACAACAACAAUUCAUGUAGAAACAACUACCCCAACAAUAGAGACUGAAAAAUCCACACCAAUAAUUACAUCAAAACCUACAACACCUCAUACAGAAACUACAACUACUGGCACUCAAACAUCUGAAACUACAAACAUAAUUACAGGAACAGUCUCCACAACAACAAUUCAUGUAGAAACAACUACCCCAACAAUAGAGACUGAAAAAUCCACACCAAUAAUUACAUCAAAACCUGCAACACCUCAUAUAGAAACUACAACUACUGGCACUCAAACAUCUGAAACUACAAACAUAAUUACAGGAACAGUCUCCACAACAACAAUUCAUGUAGAAACAACUACCCCAACAAUAGAGACUGAAAAAUCCACACCAAUAAUUACAUCAAAACCUACAACACCUCAUACAGAAACUACAACUACUGGCACUCAAACAUCUGAAACUACAAACAUAAUUACAGGAACAGUCUCCACAACAACAAUUCAUGUAGAAACAACUACCCCAACAAUAGAGACUGAAAAAUCCACACCAAUAAUUACAUCAAAACCUACAACACCUCAUAUAGAAACUACAACUACUGGCACUCAAACAUCUGAAACUACAAACAUAAUUACAGGAACAGUCUCCACAACAACAAUUCAUGUAGAAACAACUACCCCAACAAUAGAGACUGAAAAAUCCACACCAAUAAUUACAUCAAAACCUACAACACCUCAUACAGAAACUACAACUACUGGCACUCAAACAUCUGAAACUACAAACAUAAUUACAGGAACAGUCUCCACAACAACAAUUCAAGUAGAAACAACUACCCCAACAAUAGAGACUGAAAAAUCCACACCAAUAAUUACAUCAAAACCUACAACACCUCAUACAGAAACUACAACUACUGGCACUCAAACAUCUGAAACUACAAACAUAAUUACAGGAACAGUCUCCACAACAACAAUUCAUGUAGAAACAACUACCCCAACAAUAGAGACUGAAAAAUCCACACCAAUAAUUACAUCAAAACCUACAACACCUCAUACAGAAACUACAACUACUGGCACUCAAACAUCUGAAACUACAAACAUAAUUACAGGAACAGUCUCCACAACAACAAUUCAUGUAGAAACAACUACCCCAACAAUAGAGACUGAAAAAUCCACACCAAUAAUUACAUCAAAACCUGCAACACCUCAUAUAGAAACUACAACUACUGGCACUCAAACAUCUGAAACUACAAACAUAAUUACAGGAACAGUCUCCACAACAACAAUUCAUGUAGAAACAACUACCCCAACAAUAGAGACUGAAAAAUCCACACCAAUAAUUACAUCAAAACCUACAACACCUCAUACAGAAACUACAACUACUGGCACUCAAACAUCUGAAACUACAAACAUAAUUACAGGAACAGUCUCCACAACAACAAUUCAUGUAGAAACAACUACCCCAACAAUAGAGACUGAAAAAUCCACACCAAUAAUUACAUCAAAACCUACAACACCUCAUAUAGAAACUACAACUACUGGCACUCAAACAUCUGAAACUACAAACAUAAUUACAGGAACAGUCUCCACAACAACAAUUCAUGUAGAAACAACUACCCCAACAAUAGAGACUGAAAAAUCCACACCAAUAAUUACAUCAAAACCUACAACACCUCAUACAGAAACUACAACUACUGGCACUCAAACAUCUGAAACUACAAACAUAAUUACAGGAACAGUCUCCACAACAACAAUUCAAGUAGAAACAACUACCCCAACAAUAGAGACUGAAAAAUCCACACCAAUAAUUACAUCAAAACCUACAACACCUCAUAUAGAAACUACAACUACUGGCACUCAAACAUCUGAAACUACAAACAUAAUUACAGGAACAGUCUCCACAACAACAAUUCAAGUAGAAACAACUACCCCAACAAUAGAGACUGAAAAAUCCACACCAAUAAUUACAUCAAAACCUACAACACCUCAUACAGAAACUACAACUACUGGCACUCAAACAUCUGAAACUACAAACAUAAUUACAGGAACAGUCUCCACAACAACAAUUCAUGUAGAAACAACUACCCCAACAAUAGAGACUGAAAAAUCCACACCAAUAAUUACAUCAAAACCUACAACACCUCAUACAGAAACUACAACUACUGGCACUCAAACAUCUGAAACUACAAACAUAAUUACAGGAACAGUCUCCACAACAACAAUUCAUGUAGAAACAACUACCCCAACAAUAGAGACUGAAAAAUCCACACCAAUAAUUACAUCAAAACCUACAACACCUCCUACAGAAACUACAACUACUGGCACUCAAACAUCUGAAACUACAAACAUAAUUACAGGAACAGUCUCCACAACAACAAUUCAUGUAGAAACAACUACCCCAACAACAGAGACUGAAAAAUCCACACCAAUAAUUACAUCAAAACCUACAACACCUCAUACAGAAACUACAACUACUGGCACUCAAACAUCUGAAACUACAAACAUAAUUACAGGAACAGUCUCCACAACAACAAUUCCUGCAGAAACAACUACCCCAACAAUAGAGACUGAAAAAUCCACACCAAUAAUUACAUCAAAACCUACAACACCUCAUACAGAAACUACAACUACUGGCACUCAAACAUCUGAAACUACAAACAUAAUUACAGGAACAGUCUCCACAACAACAAUUCAUGUAGAAACAACUACCCCAACAAUAGAGACUGAAAAAUCCACACCAAUAAUUACAUCAAAACCUACAACACCUCAUACAGAAACUACAACUACUGGCACUCAAACAUCUGAAACUACAAACAUAAUUACAGGAACAGUCUCCACAACAACAAUUCAUGUAGAAACAACUACCCCAACAACAGAGACUGAAAAAUCCACACCAAUAAUUACAUCAAAACCUACAACACCUCAUACAGAAACUACAACUACUGGCACUCAAACAUCUGAAACUACAAACAUAAUUACAGGAACAGUCUCCACAACAACAAUUCAUGUAGAAACAACUACCCCAACAACAGAGACUGAAAAAUCCACACCAAUAAUUACAUCAAAACCUACAACACCUCAUACAGAAACUACAACUACUGGCACUCAAACAUCUGAAACUACAAACAUAAUUACAGGAACAGUCUCCACAACAACAAUUCAAGUAGAAACAACUACCCCAACAAUAGAGACUGAAAAAUCCACACCAAUAAUUACAUCAAAACCUACAACACCUCAUACAGAAACUACAACUACUGGCACUCAAACAUCUGAAACUACAAACAUAAUUACAGGAACAGUCUCCACAACAACAAUUCAUGUAGAAACAACUACCCCAACAACAGAGACUGAAAAAUCCACACCAAUAAUUACAUCAAAACCUACAACACCUCAUACAGAAACUACAACUACUGGCACUCAAACAUCUGAAACUACAAACAUAAUUACAGAAACAGUCUCCACAACACAUUACAAAGAGACUUCUACCUCAACAAUAGAGACUGAGAGAACCACAACUCCAAUUGUCAUUGAAACAUCUACAACACGUUACGUAGAAACUCCAACCUCAGGAAUUGUAGAAAAAUCUAGCACCAUCAUCACUGGAGAAACCACAAAACCAGAAAGCACUGGCAGAACAACAUUGUGCUCUUGCAAUUACAUGAAUCAGGCUUUCUCACCUGGUAGCUUCAUGUACAACAAGACUGAUGGAGUCUAUUGUUUCACUGCCUACUGCAGUUUGAACUGUAGUGUUGAAAAGCAUGCCAGACCGUGUCACCCAACAACUCCACCAAGACCUCCAGCUACCACAAAGAAAGCUGGAACUACAACACACAUUGGCACAUCAACACCUCCUAAGAUAGACUGCCCAUUUCUUACACCACCGAGAAAGGAUGGAGAAUCCUGGAGUUCAGACAAAUGCACCAAAAGCACCUGUGAGAAAGGAAAAGAGGUCACAGAACAUGUACCAUGUAAAUCAGCACCCAUACCAGUUUGUGACAACGGUUUUGAACCUAUUAAGGUUUUUGACAAAGGAGGCUGCUGUUUUCAGUACGAGUGCAAAUGUCUUUGUACAGGCUGGGGAGAUCCCCAUUACAAUACAUUUGAUGGCCAAUAUUACAGUUUCCAGCACAACUGCACAUACGUCUUGGUCAAAGAGAUAAUUCCCAAAUACAAUUUAAAAAUUCUUAUUGACAAUGAAAAUUGUGAUCCUUCUGGAACUGUGACGUGCCCCAAAGCUUUGAUUAUAUAUUACAAAAACUAUGAAGUAACUCUUACACAGAAUAGAACCCCAAAAACUCAGAAUUUGAUAUAUGUUAAUGGAACAAAAGUGACUCCACCCUACUCAAAUAAGGACUUCAUUAUUACAAGCGCAGGAAUUCAGAUGGUUCUUGAAAUCCCAGAGAUAGAUGCCACUGUUUCAUUCACUGGGCUUCUGUUCAGUAUUGACUUGCCAUUUUCACUUUUCCACAGCAACACAGAAGGACAGUGUGGCUACUGCGACAAUAACAAGAAAAAUGACUGCAGGUUACCAAAUGGUGAAAUUCAUCCAUUAUGCUCUGAGAUGGCAUAUAACUGGCAUGUAAAGGAUAAAAAUAAAUCAUACUGUGAAUCUGUGCCUACUCGACCUCCUCCAAUAAUAGAGCCAACGAAACCGCCAUGCAAACCUGCCCUCUGUGAAAUCAUAAACCACGAGAUGUUCAAGAACUGUCACAAAAAAAUUGCGCCCAAUUCAUAUUAUGAAGCUUGUAAAUUUGACGUUUGCCAAAUGCCAAAUUCCACUGUGGGCUGCACCAGUCUGGCGGCAUAUGCCAUGAUGUGUGCUGGGGAAUCUGAGUGUAUAGACUGGAGAAACCUGACUAAAGGAGAGUGUGGCUACAAAUGCCCAGAAAAUAAAGUAUACAAGGCCUGUGGGCCAAGUAUUGUUGAAACCUGCAAUGCAGGAUUCAAUAAUAAGCUCAAACAGCAGUGUGCAGGACAAGAAGCUACUUGCAAUGGAUUAGUGGAGGGAUGUUUCUGCCCUGUGGGGACGAUGUUGUUUGGUCCAGGCUCUGACACCUGUGUCUCAUCCUGUUGCACUGGACCUGCUGGUGAACCUAAACAGAUUGGUGACACAUGGAAAAGUGGCUGCCAGCAAUGCAAUUGUGACAAAAGUUCUCUGAGUGUUAAGUGUGAGCCUCUAGUUUGCCCGACACAAAAACCAAUAAAGUGCACAGAGGAUGGCGAGGUGUUGGUAAACCAAACAGUUAACUGCUGCCAGGAACUGACAUGUGAGUGUGAUAAAAAACGCUGUUCAUCACCAACACAAAAGUGUGAACUUGGCUUUGAGUUAAAUGUCAAAGUUUCCAAUAAAAGCUGCUGCCCGGUCUUCACCUGUGAACCAAAAGGUGUAUGCGUCUACAAUGAUACAGUGUACAAGCCAGGUGCAAACUUUUCCAAGAACCCAUGUGAACACUGCCUCUGCACAAACAAACAAGAUCCAAAGACUAAGCUGAACACCAUAGAGUGUCAGCAAAUACAGUGUAACGUCAUUUGUAAAAAGGGUUACGUGCAUGUGGAUCAGCCUGGAGAAUGCUGCGGAUCAUGUAAACAGACACACUGUAUUUUUGACGUCCCUGGUUUGAACUCGCCAGUAAUUCUUAAGCCGUCAGAAUCGUUUUCACCACCAAACGACAACUGCACCCAAUAUGAUUGCCAGAAGGUGAAAGAUGAAUUCAUGGUUUUCAGAAACCAAACUACAUGUCCUGCAUUUGACCCGGACAACUGUGUUCCAGGAACAGAAACAAGUGACAUGAAUGGAUGCUGCAGAACCUGUACACCUCGCUACAACUGUGAGCUUCACAAGAACACUACCAAACUGUACGUAAAGAACUGCGAGUCAGUUGAGCCGGUGGAGCUCACAUCCUGUGGGGGAUCCUGUGAAUCAUCCUCAUCUAUGUACUCAGUGGAGGCCAACAGUCUCAUGCAUUCUUGUACCUGCUGUCGAGAGAUUGCUACCAGCAAGAAAGAGGUGGAGAUGAAGUGUUCAGAUGGCAGCAAAAUUAAACAGGCAUACAUUUCAAUUGCAAAGUGUGGCUGCCAACCUGCUAAAUGUAAAGAGUGGGACAAACGUUGAUGGGACACACGAUUAAGGCCAACAAUGGAAAUUUUAACUCUUUAGGGGAAACAGAUUAAUACUUAUUUACAAACACUAUGGGUGCUUUCAUGCUUUGAAAUACGCAGCUCUGUAGAUCGAACUGAUCCAAAAUAUUUUUAAAAGCACGUGCUUAUAUGGAAAUUUUCUUUAGGGUGGAAUAGCUUUGAAUAUAUAUUCAUCUUUUGAUUAAUAGGAAAUUGCUGUAUCUGCUGUUUCAAACUUCUGUCUUUGACUCAAUAAAUUUCUAAUUCAUCAAUGA